CUAUUAUUUUUUUUUUUUUGUCUUUUGCCAGAAAUUAGAUAAAAAUAAAAUUGUCGUCGGACUCUUAUCAUCUUCCUCGACGAGACAGCCCUGAGAUCGAUCCGCCGGAUCUCCAUUGAUGUGAUGCAUCAGAAGAAGUCGGAAGCUCAGAUCGGGAAAGAAAGUAGCGGCGUCUCUUCCGAUUUCAAUCCUUCUCCCCCUCUACUUUUCUUUCCUCAGAUCGUGUCUCACCACCACCACCGUGACCCCUCUUCCCCGACCGCCCCUUACAAGCGUCGUUUUUCUCCUUCUCCUCCUCCUUCUGUCUCUUCUCCGGCAUCUUCUCUGCCGCUCUCUCUUCGCCGCUUCCCUCUCUUUCUCCUUCUCCUCCCUCUCUCUUAUUUUCUCCUCUCCCAUCCCACUCGCUCCUUCCUUGUCGAUUUCCUCUCCGCCUUCGGUUUCUCCGCCGCUCUUCUUUUCUCUUUAAAUCUCGCCCUCCCUCGCCUCCUUUCGAUCCGCUUGUACCUAGCACACUCCUUCCCCUCCCCGACUCCUUUGCCCGUCUUCUGGUCCAUAGGCUCUCGCCUUAAGUCUGACAAGAGGGGAAGCUCCGAUUGCUGGGUCCAGCUCUAUAGUAACGGUGACGUUUACGAGGGAGAGUUCCACAAGGGCAAGUGCUCCGGCAGCGGCGUCUAUUACUAUUCCAUGAGCGGCAGGUUUGAAGGUGACUGGCUUGACGGAAAGUACGAGGGCUAUGGUGUUGAGACCUGGGCCAGAGGCAGCCGUUACAGGGGUCAGUAUAGGCAGGGUCUUCGCCACGGCUAUGGGAUUUACAGAUUCUACACUGGAGACAUGUUCUCCGGCGAGUGGUCCAGCGGACAGAGUCACGGCUGCGGAGUUCACACCUGCGAAGACGGAAGUCGCUAUGUUGGGGAGUUCAAGUGGGGGGUCAAGCAUGGUCUUGGUCAUUACCACUUCAGGAACGGGGACGUAUAUGCUGGAGAAUACUUUGCUGACAAGAUGCAUGGAUCCGGGGUCUAUGUGUUUGCAAAUGGUCAUCGGUACGAGGGAGCCUGGCAUGAAGGUAGGCGGCAGGGGCUGGGAAUGUAUACAUUCAGAAAUGGAGAAGCACAGUCAGGGCAUUGGGAGAAUGGGAUUCUCGACAUUCCAAGCACUCAAAAUACAACUUGUUCCGUAUCUUCUGUUGCAGUCAACCAUUCCAAAGUGCUAAAUGCAGUCCAAGAGGCACGGAGAGCUGCCGAGAAGGCUUAUGAUGUAGACAAGGUUGAUGAGAGAGUUAAUAGAGCAGUUACAGCCGCCAAUAGAUCAGCCAAUGCUGCAAGAGUGGCGGCCGUCAAAGCUGUCCAGAAACAAUCUAGAAACAUGGACAACUUUCCGAUUCCUGUCGUGUGAACCAACUCUAGUACAUAGGCAAAGGGAGAAGCAGCAAUCAAGUCGACAAGUGUCACCAACUCAGACACUCUAUGUCUCAUGGAGCAAUGGAAAACCAUGGUUGAUGGGUUGGUUCAAAAGAGAUGUAUAUAGAGAGCUCUUGCCAAUGCUGAAUGUAAAGCUCACGGCUUAAUUCAUCUUCUGGCUUCUUUACAAGGCUCGGCAGAGACAUAGGCUAUAACGGCUGAAUUCACCACGAACGAGUUGUUUUGUGUGCCCUAAAUCCAGUAAUAAAAAAAACAAAUAACUCAUAGAAUGUGGCCUGGCACUGAGAACUUCACAUUGUGUGUUUCCUUUUCAGACUUUCAAUUCCAAUGGGAAUCGUUUGAAUCUGCUUCCUCGGGAAUCUCCGGCUGUGUUUAGAGGAGGACUCGUCGGUGUAGUGUAUUCCGAGAAGAAUUCACGGCGGCUAGACCAAUUGUCUGCUCGAGUUCUUUCCGCCAUCGACGAUGAAUGAUACUCACUCCCCAAAUUGACAUUUCCAUCAAACAAGUCACUCAUGAUGCAGCCUCAGAAUCACAUAAUAGGGAAAAGAUGCAUGUUCAAUUGACCCAGCAAACCUCGGAAAAAGUUGAUGAGCAAGAGCCCAAUGCUUUUGGAGCUAAGAAAGAGACAGGAAACAUGUGGAUGCCUGAUGCUCAAGUGAUUAGGGCAAAGGUUUAUCUUUCACUUCCAUCUGCAAAGGCCAAUGCACAUUUUGUGAGAGAGCUUCGACUCCGUAUUAAAGAAGUUCAACGGGCACUUGCUGUUGCCUCCAAGUAUUCGGAUCUGCCAAAGAACUAAAAGCAAUGGAGCGAACACUGGCCAAAGGCAAGCAGAUCCAAGAUGACGGCUAAUAGUAGUCACAUUACAAAUAGUAUUCACAUUUAAACUCUCUUCCACUCAGAUAAUAGACUUUUAGUGAUCUUUCCUUUAAUUAGGCAUUCGCUGACUUGAAGGGUUUUGCUGCACACCUUAUCUGCCGUAACCCCAAGAUGCAAAGCUAUGAAGAGAUAUCUAAAUUUUUCUUCGUCUGGAGGGAAAGAGAAGUGAAUGAUUUCUCCAAAAUUAGAGAAAUCAUCACGCACUUGUUCCGAUCUGCUAGCUCGAGAUAGAUUCUUAGAGAAACCACUAAUACAUAAUGAUUUAUACCUCAA